UUUGAUUGGAUGCUAAAUGCUUCUCGAUGCAGACACCCUUGCGACAAACAGCGCGCUUAGCGACAACUUUGACUUUCUUGAGACCUCUUAGGUUCCAGUACGCCGUGCAUCAUGCAGCCCCCGGAAAGGGCGAAACGGGGGUCUGCCAGGCUGCCAGCAGCCACAGCGUAGCAUUGGAUGUAUUCGUCCAUGCAUCUCGUGCUUUCAAAUGGAAAUGGAAGGCCACGCGGAACGCCCCGUGACUGAAACCAACACUAAACCAGUUGCGGAAGCCGCCCGUCACCUGCCCCGAGUGGGCCUUUCCAUCCCUCAUUAUUCAUUAUUCAUUAUUCAUUGCUUCCCAAAGCUCCCUCUGACCUCAGCUGCGCCGCUCUCCGAACGGAAUCCUACCAUUCUCGGUGCAUUGUGCAAGUGUGUCACCGUCUACAGCGUCUUUUCGUCUUCGGUUUAUUUCAUUUCAUCAGACACCAUUAGGGUGGUGUGCAUACCCUGGUAAUAAUUCCAAGUUCGACGAACCUCUCAGCUAAUUACUGCCGAUAUUGCCCGCCUAAACCGCUCACGGGGUACGAGCUACAUACAACGUACAACGUCUUCCAGCUUCGGCUUUUCCCCUAUCGAACGCCCUUCCCGUUACGUAUGACCAUUACUUGAUUCUUCACUGCAGCAAUCCGGCCAAUCCUUGUUCUUUUGAUUCCAGCCUUCAACACACACACACACAUAACUAUGUCCGAGUCAGCAAAUACCUCCAAACCGAGUAGUAGUGUCAAGCUUGUGCUCCUAGGAGAGGCAGCUGUUGGGAAGUCGUCGCUCGUUCUUCGAUUUGUCAAUAAUGACUUUCAAGAAAAUAAAGAGCCGACUAUAGGAGCUGCUUUCCUAACCCAAAAAUGCUCCCUCCCUACACGCACGAUCAAGUUCGAGAUCUGGGAUACUGCCGGCCAGGAACGAUUUGCGUCACUUGCUCCUAUGUACUAUCGCAAUGCCCAAGCUGCGCUCGUUGUCUACGACAUCACAAAACCGUCAUCUCUACUCAAAGCAAAACAUUGGGUCGCUGAACUCCAGCGACAAGCAAGUCCUGGGAUAGUCAUCGCACUCGUCGGUAAUAAGCUGGACUUGGCCAACGACAGCAAGGAUUCCACUGGCGAAUCACCUGCAGAUGGUGAGGGCGAGUCAGCAGGAUCUGAUGGAGGAGAGGCUGCCGGCGAGGGCACAGAGGAGCAAGACACCGCCACUCCUGAUGCCCGGAAAGUAACAACCGCGGAGGCGAGCGCAUAUGCGGAGGAAGAGAGCCUUCUGUUUUACGAAACCAGUGCCAAGACCGGUGUUAAUGUCGCCGAGGUGUUCACCGCCAUCGCCAACGCGAUCCCAGAGAGCAGCUUGAAGAGUGGCCGAGCCGGUGCAGGGACGGGCCAAACUGGUCUAGGCGGACGACCGGGAGAGGAUUCGAGGGUCAAUCUUGGAGACCGAACCAAUGCCGAAGCCAAAGAGGGCUGUGCUUGUUAAUAGUCUGGCCGAGCCUAGAACUUGUUACGGAUUGAUACAGUGUUUCUAGACGGAUUGCCGUCAUCAGCUUGCCACGCCCACAUACAAUGUCGGGGAUUGCGUCGCCAUCUGGAGCAGUGGCAUAUGUGAGCUUCUUGUAAUUCUUUCAGUUCGUUCAAGGCGUCUUGCGAAUUUCUGAUUUCUGUCUUAAUCCUUUCCAAUGAAACUUCCAAGUUAUGAAUUGUCUGUUCUUGUUUUUUCCCCCCCUUCUGUUUCCAGGGUGACCCUUCGCGAUUUGGUUUCGAGGAUAUAUUGAGUCGGAGAGAGAUAGGAGCUAGUGAAGACAUUAAUAGAAAAGGACCUCAAGGUAGCAGCAGCAGC